GAGAGGGGCGUGGUUAUGCAAAUUUAGCCGCAAGGGGGACCCGACCCCAUUUCAGUCGCGGACCGUGGGACUUAUUUCGCCGCCCGGAACGUUUUUCACAACUUCUCGUCGCUGUUUCUGUCCGGAACUUGAGUGGCCCUGCUGACGUCACUUCCCGCGCGCCGCCGUCUCCGGGGCUACCAUGGCGCUGAACGGCGGCACGGACGAGGCCGAGGCGCGGCGGGAGCGGCUGGACCGGGCGAGCCGGGCCAUGGGGGCGCUGCUGCUGCGGGGGUACCGAAUGCUGGGGAGCUCCUGCCCGGAGUGCGGGACGAUUCUGCUGCAGGACAAGGAGCAGCGGCUGCUCUGCGUGAGCUGCCAGGACCCCGAGGCGCCCCCCGCCCCUCCCCGCCCCGAGCCCUGCGAGGGCGCGGCCCCCGCGGUCCCCGCCGCCCCCGGGGCCGCUCCGGGCGCGGAGCCCGGCCGGGACGGCGGCGCGGCGGCGGCGGUGGCGGCGGCGCGGGCGGCCGUGCUGCACAAGCUGCUCUGGGCCGCGCGGGAGCUGCCGCGCAGCGGCUGCGCCGAGGGCAGCGCCCGCCUCUGCCGCCUGGUGCGGGACUGCGCGCUGGCCCUGCGCGAGCUGCGAGAGCUCCAGAGCCCCGGGGGGAUCGGCGGGACCGCCCCGGGGCACCCCGACAGCCCCGGGACACCGUGAGAGCCCCGGGACCCCCCCCGGGGCACCCCGAGAGCCUCGGGACACCCCGAGACACCCGGGACCCCCCCCGAGGCACCCCGAGAGCCCUGGGGCACCCUGAGACCCCCCCAGGGCACCCUGAGACCACCGGGACACCGUGAGACAGCCGGGGCACCCCCCCGGGGCACCCCGAGACCCCCCCAGUGCAGCCCGACAGCCCCGGGACACCCUGAGACCACCGGGACCCCCCCCCCCGGGGCACCCCGAGAGCCCCGGGACACCCUGAGAGCCCCGGGAGCCACCCCCGGGGCACGCUGAGAGUCCCGGGACAUCGUGAGACCACCGGGACCCCCCCCCACUAGGGGCACCCUGAGACCUCCCUGGGGCACCCUGAGACCACCGGGACCCCCCCCUGGGGCACCCUGAGAGUCCCAGGACACCCUGAGAGCCCUGGGACACCCUGAGACCCCCCAGGAGCCACCCCAAACCCCCCCCUGGGGCACCCUGAGACCCUCCAGGGGACCCCAAGAGUCCCAGGACACCAUGAGACCACCGGGACCCCCGCCCCGGGGCACCCCGAGAGUCCCGGGACACCGUGAGAGCCCCGGGGGGCAUCCCAAACACCCCCCGGGGCACCCUGACAGCCCCAGGACACCCUGAGACCACCGGGACCCCCCCCCAGGGCACCCUGAGACCCCCCGGGGCACCCUGACAGCCCUGCCAUACCGUGACACCCCCCGGGACCCCCCCUCGGGGCACCCUGAGACCCCCAGGAACCACCUGGGACCCCUCCAGGGCACCCUGAGACCCCCAGGGAGCCACCCCAAAACCCCCAGGACACCCUGGGACACCCCAAACCACCCCUGGGACACCCUGAGACCCCCAGGAGCCACCCAGGACCCCCCCCAGGACACCGUGAGACCCCUGGGAACCACCUCAAACCCCCCUGGGACCCCCAGGACCCCCCUCCAGGGCACCCCCAGACCCCCGGGAGCCCCCCCAGGACAGCGGGACACCGCCCUGGAUCGAAGGGGCUCGGUGUGAAAUGGGGUUUGGGAUAAAAGUGGGUGUUGUAAAAUAAAUUUUAUAUAAAAAGGUUUGAAGUAAAAGGGAUUUUGUAGGAAAUAAUUUGAUUUAAAGUGAAUUUGGGGUAAGGGGUUUGAUCUAAAAAAGGGAUUCGGUAUAAAAGGGAUUUGAUAUUAAAGGUUUUGAUAUAAAAGAGAUUUGAUAUAAAAAGGAUUUGAUGUAAAAGGGAUUUGAUAUAAAAGGGAUUUUAUACAAAUUUGGUAUAAAGAGUUUGGUGUCAGAAAUCAGUUUGGGGUAAAGGGAUUGUUGUAAAAUAAAUUUGAUAUAAAAUGGUUUGAAGUAAAAGGGAUUUGGUAGGAAAUAAUUUGAUUUAAAGUGAAUUUGGGGUAAAGGGUUUGAAAUAAAAAAGGGGUUUGAUAUUAAAGGUUUUGAUAUAAAAGAGA